CGUACCAUCACUGGUUUUAAGAUCCAUUUUUCUUCGCUAUUCGAAUUGUAAACGGAUAAUGACGGUUACGCUAAUUUUUGUUAUCACUUUGCUGAACGAGUGCUUUGGGCAUGUAAUCGAUAUCGGCGGUGUUUGGGAAGUAAAAUGUCCACAAGGAUGUUCUUGUGAAGUUCAAAGAUUCGCCGAUUUGCCUUUACAUCGAUGGAUUCGAACGAGCCAAGACCAGAACUUAUCCAACGACGCUGAUUUCGAGCUUGGUUUAAGUAUGGACAAUGCUAUUUUUACGGAAUUUUUGAAAGUAGCAAUUUGUGUCGUUGCCGAAGAUUACGAAGAACUUUUGGAUAAACUUCCCUCGGAUAUACAGAUUUUUACGAUACUAGAAUCUGGGAUGGGUGAUUUUGAGAUUCUUUUACAAUCUACGACAUUCCAGCGUUUCACAGAUUUAAUAUCUUUAGACAUACAAGGCAUCGAUUACGAUGAACCUGGACGAAAAGAUUUAAGUAACGUGCAAAAAAAACAAGGAGGAAUCGUAUUAUCCAUUGAUUCUUUGUAUUCGUUAGGUUUAAAUUUGUUUUAUUUGAAUUUGGAACGAGUGAAACUAACCAGUCUGAGUCCAACAAAAAUAAACAAAGCCAACCUUGUGAUCAAACCGAUGAAUACACCGACCGACGAUCAAAAUAUAAACGAUCAAUUGCUAAAUACAGGACACAGAUUGAUAUUUUUAAGUCAACAAAAUAGCGGAGAAAACGACGACAAGGAAAUACUUCCUUACGAUAUUUAUAAACAAGAAAUGGAGGGUUACAAAGAAACCGUUGGACUUUUCACUGGUUUAGGAGCUUUAACUCAUUUAAGAGUUUAUGAUUGCGCUUUGAAAGAUAUAUCAUGGCACAUGUUCGACGGUUUGAACAGUCUUGUUUAUCUCUCACUAGAGAAAAACAAUCUAAAGUUUAUUCCAGAAUUUUGUUUUUAUGGUACGCCUAACUUAAAAGUGCUUUCGCUCGCUAGUAAUCAGUUAUUGACGCUUAAGAGCGUUGACUUAGCUGGUUUGCUAAUGCUCAAAGAUCUCGAUUUAAGAGCAAAUAAUUUAACCUUCUUAUCGGAAUUAUCUUUCCCUCCUUUUCCAAUGCUCAAGUUUGCGGAUUUCCGAGAAAAUCCUCUAGAUUCCGUAUUUCCAAGUACUUUCGAAAUUAUGAAUACAACGCUGAGACUAUAUCUGGGCGGCGAGGACUCGAAACUAUAUUUGCAAAAAAAUUCAUUUCUGGGACUACAUCAACUUCAAGUCCUACAUCUUUACAAUCUGGAAAUACCUGUGUUGGAACGUUUUGUAUUUCAAGGAAUGCCAGAGUUGCUAGAAUUAAAAGCACGUGGAAAUAUCUCGAGUAUAGAAUUCGACGCGUUCGUAGAUUUAAUCAAAUUGUCGGAUCUCGAUUUUAGUCGUUGUCAUAUUCGUAAGAUAUCCAUGGAUGCUUUUUAUGGAUUAGAAAAUGUUAAGCGCAUAGAUUUGUCCGACAACGAAUUAGAAUUUAUUCCACCUGGCUUAUUCGGAGUGCAACAACAGAAGGAGCUUAAGGAAAUCAUCCUUUCGAGAAAUAAGCUAACUUCGCUACCUCUGGACUUUUUCAAAAUGUUGCGCGUUCCAAAUAAACAACCACAAUUAACGAUCGUAAGAUUAGAUGGAAAUCCAUGGGAUUGUACUUGUUCCAUGGUUACAUGGAAUCCUCAAUUGGUAAAUAGAUUACGAGAAACAGCGCCGCGAUGCUCAACGCCAAAAAAGUUGCGCAACUGGGGAAUUUUCCACGCAUUGCGUAAAGGUGGUUUGCAAUGCAGAACUUUAAAGAAGAAACAUGUUAAAAAAGUUUCACUGGAAAGAAAUUAUUACAAAGAUAACAACAUUAUCAGUUAGCUAAUUUACAAGUAAUUAAUGUACAUGUAUAAAAAAAAUUAAAGAAUAUAAGAAAUCAAUUGCGUUCAGCUUUUAAGAAAUGAUUGUAAAGGAAAUGUAUGAAUUAAUUCUGUAUUAUAAAUUCGUGCACAGAUAUAUAAUGAUAUACAAAAAUAAGAAAAUUUGAAAUAAGACUUACGAAAAAUAUUGGAAAUUAAUAAAAAGAUGAUGUAUUAAGAUUUGUUUGUAAUGAAAAUAAAUUACAAAGAUAAAUAAUAAGUUGAUU